AUGUCUAGCUCGGCCAAUCCUGCACCAUUGAGUGAAGAGGAGAAGCGGAGGAUUCUCAGAGAGAGGAGGCAGGCCAAGAUGGCCAAAGGGAAGGCCAGUGAAAGAUUGAACAAUAUAUUGACUCAAGGUGCUUCAGUCAAAACUUCAUCCGUGACAUCAGUUUUGGACAAACCGGAAGCUACUGCCACUGCCACUGCCACUGCCACUGCCACUGCCACUGCACCCCCCACAGUAAUGUCCAGUGAUGACGACCCAGCUAUUCAAGACAUUUCCACUAUUGCUUCAAGAAAUGCACCUUUUGGAGAAAAAGACCCUCAAGCUGAGAUCAAUGAAAUGUUUAGGUCAAUUUUUCAACAACAAUCACCCCAAGGCGAUGGUGAUAGCAACCCAAUGGCAGACAUCUUCAAAAUGCUUGGUGAUCCAUCUUCCUCAAACGACCAGUUUGGAGCUUCUCCAGACUCAGCGCAGUCCCUAGAUUUGACGGAAAUAUAUCCGUUGAGUGGGUUUGCACAGGGGUUCUUUACAUUGGAAAUCGCUAUAAUUGCAAGUUACUACUUUGUACUUACCAAGAACGGUUUAUUUCAUGCGGCGCGUCAAAACAACUUGGCAAUGAAAGGUGUCCAGGUUGUAUCAAUGUUUGUGCCACAAGUGCAGCAGUUGGCCCCUCUUCUUCUGCGAGCACUCGAAUACAAAGAGCUUUUGGGUAUUUUCCUUGGAGAUCUUUCACUAGUUGUUGUGUUAUUUGGUUUGCUAAGUUUUAGGGAUUGA